AACAUUCAUAAUUUACAUAAAAUAUCUCUGUUAUUUAUAUUAAUAUCAAUUUAUGAACCGAUGACUUUUAAAUUAAGAAUAUUUGAAUAGUUUUGAUUAUAAAGUAACAAUUAAUCUUAUUAACUGAAAAAUUUCUUUAAUAAUAAAGAUGUGUGGGAUAUUCUGUUAUAUUUAUCAUUCAAAUCAAAAUGACGAUAAGUGGAGCUUAAUAAAAGACAAUAUAUCAAAACGUGGACCAGACAGCUUAAAUAUUUAUUGCCAUGAAUUGAAUAAACAAUUGACAGGUAAAUUUGCUGCUGGUGUUUUAUGGAUGCAAGGUCCUGAACCACAAGUUCAACCAUGUGUUGAUGAUGAAGGCAACAUUCUCCUUUGGAAUGGAGAUAUUUUUUCUGGACCUUUAAAAAGUGAAAAUGAUAGCGAUACACUUACUCUUCUAAACCAUUUAAAAUUAAGUAAAAAUAUUUUAGAAACAAUAAGUUUAAUUGAAGGUCCUUUUAGUUUAAUAUAUUAUCAAAAAUCAACUAAUUUAUUAUACUUUGGAAGAGAUUUUAUCGGACGUCAUAGCCUGUUAAUAAAAAUAGUAGAAAAUAAAUUUGUUAUGCUAACUUCUAUAGCUAACAAUAAUAUAGAUGACAUUAUAGAAUUACCUGCAUGCGGAAUAUUUGUCGUAGAUUGUAAUAAUUCUAAUUUUGAAUUAUCUUGUUAUCCAUGGUAUAAAUUAAAUCAAUAUUCCUUAAAAGUUUUAAACAAUUUAAAUUCUUCAUUAAAUAUUAAAGUUAAAGAAUCAAUUCUAUCUUCAGAAUUAAUUGAAAAUGUUGUAGAACCGAUUCCUGAAGAUUUAUCUCACUUGCAGGAUAUUUCGGACAUUACAAAUAUUCAAAAAACAAUGUCAGAGCUUUUACAAAAUCCUGAUAUCUAUGACCGGGUUGUCAAACUUUGGAAGCUUUUGAAAAAAUCAAUAGAAAUACGAAUAAAAUUGAAACCCGAAUACUGUAAAAAUUGUAUAAAAAAAUAUUUAGUAGAUAAAGUGAAUAAAAAAUGUAGUCAUGCUAAAAUUGGUAUACUAUUCUCUGGAGGAUUAGAUUCGACUAUUUUAGCUGCAAUAGCAAACGAAUAUGUACCUGCUAAUGAAAGUAUUGAUCUAAUUAAUGUGGCUUUUGAAAAAAAAUUUAAUUCGAUUGGAGCAAAAAAUAAUAAAUCGAAUAAUGUCAUUUCAAUAUUUGAUGUACCUGAUAGAAAAACCGGUCGACAAGCAUUAAAUGAAUUGCAAAAACUCUUUCCUCUUAGAACUUGGAAUUUUAUAGAAAUUAAUGUUUCACGUAAAGAAUUAGAAGAUUGUUGUAAAGAAAUAAUUUGUCAUUUAAUUUAUCCUCUUAAAACAAUAUUGGAUGAAAGUUUAGGGUGUGCUGUGUGGUUUGCCAGCCGUGGUGUUGGUUUAUUAUCUGGUUGUAAACCAUAUGAAUCGUCAUGCAGAAUAUUACUUCUUGGUAUGGGCGCGGACGAACUUUUUGGAGGAUAUACUAGACAUCGAACUACUCUUCGUCGUCAUGGUUGGAAAGCAUUGAGUGAAGAAUUAAAUAUGGAAUUGUUUAGAAUAUCAGAAAGAAAUUUAGGUCGAGAUGAUCGUGUUAUCUCUAACCAUGGACGGCAAUCACGUUUACCUUAUCUUGAUGAAAAUGUGAUACAAUAUGUUAAAAAUCUCAAGCCUUGGGAACGUUGUUAUCCAACUGAAAAAAUGCCACCCGGACUAGGUGAUAAAUUACUACUACGUCUUUUAGCAUUUAAAAUUGGAUUACAUGAGACUGCAAGUUUUCCUAAAAGAGCUUUUCAAUUUGGUUCGAGAAUUGCAAAUAGUAAACAAAAUGCAAAUGACAUUUCAAAUUGGUUACAAUAAACAAAAUAUUCAUAGAUGAGAAUGUUAACUUUUAACUUUUAUAAUUUGUAUUUUUUAUUUAGACUAAUUAUAAAUUUCUAAAAUAAAU